UUUUAUUAGAUAAAGACACAAAUUAUUUAUGAAUUUACUAUAAAAUUCAUUUAGAAACUCAAACUAUAACUAUAAAUGAUAAUUUAGUUAAAAUGUUUUAUAUUCCCGACUCGUCGAUUAUUAAUAAUUUCCAUUGAAAUGUCAUUUAUAAAAGUUGCAGUUUUUACUAGUAGAUGACGCUAACGUAAAAAUUAGUUUCUACAUUACUAAGUUCUAAAAGGUAGCGCAAAUUAUCGAUUCUAUUUAAUCAAUACCAUCUUCGUUAUCUUAAUGAAUUCGUAGAACCUUUAUUAUUUUAAAAGUUUCACUACUAUUACUUUCAAUCUGAACGAGAUUUAUGACAAAUAAUUGCGACCAAGAAUUAAGACAAACAACGAGAUAACAUUUUUUUUCGUUAUCGAUAUUAGUAAUUAUAUUUUAUCAAUAAUCCUUUACGGGAGAUAAUUCGUCUGAUAACUAUAUAGUACAUGAAUUAGUUAUAAAAUAUAUUACGCAAAAUUGUAGUCUAAAAAUAUUGGUGAACAAUAAGAUUGUGGAAAAGUUUCAUACUAAGCAACCAUUAUGGCUAAUAAGCCUAGGUUGGUUGUGGGUGAUUAUAUAUGGGUAAAACCUGUGGGUAAUGGGGAAUUCGACAUACCCAUUGGUUGUAAAAUAGUAGGCGUAGAAUCUAAUAGAGUUAGAGUCCUAGACGAUGACUGCAAAGAAAGUUACGUCUCCAUUCAACAAGUCAUCAAAACUAUGCAUAUAUCUUCUAUUGAUGGAGUGGAGGAUAUGAUAAAUUUGGGGGAUUUACAGGAAUAUGCCAUUUUGAGAAAUCUACAUAAACGAUAUAGAGAAAAAUUGAUUUAUACUUAUACAGGAUCGAUGUUAAUAGCGAUAAAUCCUUACGAGAUUUUACCGAUAUAUACAAAUGCCGUUAUCAGUACUUACAAAGGUAAAAGAAUGGAGGAGAUGCCUCCACAUAUUUUCGCAGUCGGAGAUAACAGCUACAACAACAUGAUAACAACCAAAAAAGAUCAAUGUAUUGUCAUAAGCGGGGAAAGUGGUGCGGGUAAAACGGAAAGUACUAAAUUGAUUUUACAGUAUUUAGCAUCGACUAGCGCCCAACAUACGUGGAUAGAGCAACAAAUUUUGGAAGCUAAUCCGAUUUUGGAGGCGUUCGGUAACGCUAAGACAGUUAGGAACGAUAAUUCGUCACGUUUCGGAAAAUAUAUCGAUAUUAAAUUCAACAAAGCGGGCGCUAUACAGGGAGCUACCAUCGAACAAUACCUUCUGGAGAAAAGUCGAAUAAUAUCCCAGAACGAAGGCGAAAGGAAUUAUCAUAUAUUUUAUAGUAUGUUAGCUGGAAUGGGCAAGGAGAAGAAGAAAGCUCUCGAUUUAGGGAAUCCUGAAUCCUACGAAUACUUAAAACACGGCAGGACUUUCACUUGUGAUGGUAGAAACGAACAAGCUGAAUGGUCGGAUAUCAUUAACGCUUUCAAGGUGCUCAAUUUUACCGAUAAAGAGGUUGACGAUAUUUUUAAUCUAUUGUCUGUUAUUCUACAUUUGGGAAAUUUGAAAUUUAAAUCUGGAACACUAGCACAUUCGGAAAGUUCUGAAUUGGCAGAUGCAGGUGCUGGAGAAACAAUUUCCGUACUUUUAGGUGUAAAUAAAUAUGAUUUGAACGAAGCUUUGACCAAGAGAUCAAUCUACGCUCAAGGCGAACAAAUUACCGCAAACCUGACCAAGGAGCAGGCUUCGGAUUCGCGUCACGCAUUCGUAAAAGGAAUUUACGGUCAAUUAUUUGUCUUCAUAGUAGAUAAAAUCAACGGCGUGAUAUCUCUGAAUAAAAAGAUAAGUAAAGCGAGCAUAGGCGUGCUGGAUAUAUUCGGUUUCGAGAAUUUCAAUAUAAACAGCUUCGAACAAACGUGUAUUAAUUACGCCAACGAGAAUCUUCAACAGUUUUUCGUCAGACACAUAUUCAAAUUAGAGCAGGAGUAUUAUAACAAAGAGGGGAUAAGUUGGGCGAACAUAACCUUUAAUGAUAACCAGACCAUUUUGGAUCUUAUCGGUAUGAAACCGUUGAAUAUUUUCUCGUUGAUGGAUGAGGAAUCCAAGUUUCCGAAAGGGACCGAUUUUUCGUUUUUGACCAAGUUGCACAAACAACAUGGCAAUCAUUCCAAUUAUUCCAAACCGAAAAGUGAAAUGACGCCCGCAUUUGGUAUCAAACAUUUUGCUGGGGAGGUGUUCUACGACGUCGAGGGAUUUUUGGAAAAGAAUAGAGACUCUUUCAGUCACGAUUUACUUAAACUCAUGUUAAAAUCUCAAAACCCGAUGUUUAAAAAUUUAUUUAAAAAAGAAUUAGACACGAACUUGAAGAAAACACUGUCGUCACAAUUUCGAACGUCUUUGGAUCAAUUAAUGAAAACCUUAGAAACUUGCCAUCCGUUUUUCGUGAGAUGCAUCAAACCGAAUCACAACAAAAAACCUCAGGAAUUUGAUAAACUGCUGUGUACAAGACAGCUUCGCUAUUCGGGAAUGAUGGAAACCGCCAAAAUCCGCCAAGCAGGUUACCCCAUUAGAUACAAUUACAUAGAAUUCGUCGAUAGGUUCCGAUAUCUCUGUAAAAAUAUAAAACCUUCUUACAAGGGCGAUUGCAAAAAUUCAUCAGCUAGUAUUUUGAAAAACGUUUUCAAGGAUAACGUACAAUAUCAGCUGGGAAACACAAAGGUUUUUUUGAAACAACACGAAAAUGAGUAUCUGGAACAACAAAGGAACAUAGUUUUGGAUAAAGCAAUUACGUUGUUACAAAAAGUUUUGAAAGGAUGGGUGUACAGACGGCGUUAUCUGAAGAUGCGGCAAGCAGCCAUAACGAUCCAGAAACAUUUCAGAGCCAGAGGAUACAGAAAGAGGUUCUUGGUGAUGCGAAACGGUUAUAAGAGAAUGCAAGCUUGCAUAGUAUCCAGACAAUUGACUUUCGCUUUCUUCAGAAUCAAAAAGAACAUCACCAUCAUCCAAGCGAGAUGUAGGGGGUAUUUGGUCAGAAGAAAGAGCAAGUUCGGACAGGUAUUCAAUAUAGUUAAGCAGAGGAGGAUCGACGAAAAGAUGUUACAACAGCAAGGGGUUAAGAAUUACAGGGUGGAAGCUGAGGCUAAAAUGAAACAGGAAUUGGCGGAAUUGAAUAUCAAAUACGAAGCUAAACUGAAAGCUCAAGAAGAAGAACUGAAGAAAGCCGAAAAAAUUGUCGAUGACAACUUCGCUUCUAUAUUUAACGGAAUAGACGACAUGAUGAGUAAUAAUAAGGAAAAUGAGUUACCGAAUACUCCAACCAAGAAAUACCGUAAAACACCUCUAACUAUAGAAAUCCAAGCUAACGAUAAAUUGGAGGAUUUGAGCGAGUACAGUUUCCGGAAAUACGCCGCCACGUACUUUUCCAGUACGGCGAAUUACCAAUUUUCCAAGAAACCCUUAAAAGAAUCCCUGCAUUAUCUACCGACACCCGAUGACACGAUAGCGGCUCAGGCAAUAUGGUUGACCAUACUCAGAUUUAUGGGGGAUUAUCCGGAACCUAAAUUCGAUAAUUCCGUUAAAGGUAAAGAAUCGAUAAUGACCGUGGUUUCGGAAACGUUAAGUAGAAGUUUCACGAACAGAAAAGAGUACCAGGAAAUAUUGAAAGAGGAACGUAUACACUCCUCGCUUAAGAAAUCGGAACGGCAGAAAUUACUUCAUUUGACUUUGAAAAAGAAAACUAAACUUCUGGAAGACGUCAGAAGGGGUUUGGUGGAGGACAGUUUCGCAACGGAAAGAUACGAAGAAUGGUUACAUCGACGGCGGACGAAUAAUUUGGAAAAAUUACAUUUUAUAAUUGGUCACGGAAUAUUGCGGCCGGAACUUAGAGACGAAAUAUUCGCCAUGAUAUGCAAACAAUUAACAAACAAUUACAUAAAAUCCUCGUACGCCAGAGGUUGGAUUCUUCUUUCUUUAUGCGUCGGUUGUUUCGCCCCCUCCGACCGAUUCACAAAUUACUUAAGGGCGUUCAUAAGAUCCGGUCCGCCGGGUUACGCGCCCUAUUGCGAAGGCAGAUUAAACAGAACCUUCCAAAACGGCACCAGAACCCAACCGCCCAGUUGGUUGGAAUUAAUAGCCACCAAAAAUAAGGAUCACAUCAAUUUAGAAGUCAAACUAAUGGACGGCACUACCCAUAUCGUCGAAGCCGAUUCCGCCACGAUUUCCGAAGAAAUAUUAUCGCAAAUCGCUACGAGUUUAACGCUAAAGGACACGUUCGGAUUUUCGAUAUUCGUCGCUUUGGACGAUAAGGUGAUGUCCUUGGGUAGCGAAAACGAUCAUAUCAUGGACGCCAUAUCGCAAUGCGAACAAUACGCCAAAGAACAGGGCCAACACGAAAGCACCACCCCAUGGCGGUUGUUUUUACGUAAAGAAAUCUUCGCGCCCUGGCACGACCCCUCCGCCGAUUCCGUCGCUUCGAAUCUGAUCUAUCAUCAAAUAAUCAGAGGCGUGAAACACGGCGAGUACCGUUGUUCUAAAGAAGGAGACGUCGCGGUACUAAUAGCCAUACAAUAUUACGUGGACAACGGCGCCCAAUUCAAUCCGAAGCUGCUCCAUAGCAGAAUAGGGGAUUACAUGCCGACGUAUUUGGUCAAAAGAAGCCAGAACGAUCUUUCCAAUUGGGAAAAUAAGAUAAUGUCUGCGUUCAUCAAUUUGGCUUGCGUCAAACAGAAAUUGCCGUCGAUAAAAGCCAAAGAAACUAUGGUGAAGUACGCCCAGAUGACGUGGCCCAUAUUGUUUUCGAAAUUCUACGAAGCCGUACAAGUUUCCGGUCCUCGACUACCCAAAAGCAAAAUGAUAAUAGCCGUUAACAGUACGGGGAUAUUCAUGAUCGACGACGAGGAACAGAUCCAUAUGGAAUUGACUUUCGCCGACAUAUCGUUCGUUACUUACGAAAAGGGUAACCAGAUGACGUUGAGGUUCAAUACUGUGGCCAAAGAAGAAUACGGUUUCCAUACGAUGGACGCGCAGAGUAUAUGCGGAUUGUUGCAAUACAUUUUGGACGGUUUGAAGAAGAGGUCGGUGUAUUGUGUGGCUACUAGCGAUUAUUCGCAUCCGGCAGGAGCAGAAUCAUUUUUGGUGUUACGUAAAGGUGACCUCAUCGUAUUGAAUAACGGUCUAAACGGAGAAAAACUCUUGACAUCCACUUGGGGUUACGGCGAAUCUAACGGAAAAACCGGCGAUUUUCCAACGGAAAACGUUUACAUAUUACCAACAUUACAACUACCUCCUUCCGAUAUAUUGACGUGUUUCAAAAAAGACGGAAUAAUCCUCGAAAAGAAAACGGAAUCGUCGAUAAGUACUACGCAAAGGAUAAAGAUGUACACUUUAUCGCAAUACGCCCAAGAACACUUUAGACCCGGCAAAACGACGUCUUCGAACAGAUCCGCCAUAUUAACAGCCGCCAGGAGGAUGUCCAAAGAGGAAUUGUGGAAAUACUCCAACGAACCCAUCUACCAACCGUUGCUCAAGAGCUUAUUGACCAACGAAGAAACCAGCAAAGAAGCAUGCAACAUCUUCACCGCCAUUCUAAAGUACAUGGGGGAUUUACCGGCUCCAAAAGUUAAAUAUAGCACCGAAUAUUCCGACCAGAUAUUCCAAGGUCCUCUCAAAAACGAUUUACUGCAAGACGAAGUCUACUGUCAAAUUAUGAAACAAUUGACGUACAACAGACUAUCGUUGAGCGAAGACAGGGGAUGGGAAUUGAUGUAUCUCAUCACGGGCUUAUAUUUACCGAGCGAAAAACUCUACGGGGAAUUACAGAAGUUUUUGAAAUCCAGAACGCAUCCUUUCGUCGAGCAUUGCUUAAAGAGAUUAGCCAAAACUCAAAAGCUGGGACCGAGAAAAUUCCCCCCGAAUACCAUCGAAGUCGAAGCGGUACAACACAAAAGCAUGGAAAUAUUCCACAAGAUAUAUUUCCCGGACGAUACCGACGAAGCUUUCGUAGUGGAUUCGAUGACUAGAGCUUUGGAUCUUUGUAAAUCGAUCGGGAAUAGAUUGGAACUGAAAUCCACCGACGGUUUCAGUUUAUUCGUCGCAAUAGCCGAUCGAGUUUUCUCCAUACCGCAAGAUCAAUUCUUCUACGAUUUCCUGAGCGAAUUAAUCGAUUGGUUCCGACAGACUAAACCGAGUUGGGGAAGUGCGAUUCAAGUGCAGGCGCAAUACCAAGUAUUCUUCAUGAAAAAAUUGUGGGUUGGGACUGUACCGGAAAAGGAUUAUUACGCCGAUCAGAUCUUCCAUUACCAUCAAGAAGUGCCGAAAUAUCUUAAAGGAUAUCACAAAUGCAAUAAACAGGAUGCUGUCAAAUUGGCGGCGCUUAUUUUGAGGGCGCGUUUCGAGGAUAAUAAUUCCGAAGCUACUUCGACUCUUCAGCACAACAUAAAAGACCUCAUACCGGCGGAUAUAGUGAAGGCUGCCAGUACGUCUGAUUGGAGAAAAAAUAUAUUGAACGAAUACAAGUUAUCGAAAUUAACGGCGGAACAAGCUAAAACUGAAUUUUUGAAAAUAACAUACAAAUGGCCCACUUUCGGAUCGGCUUUCUUCGAAGUUAAACAAACCUCGGAUCCUUCUUAUCCCGAUGUCAUUAUCAUCGCUAUAAAUAGAAAAGGAGUUAAUAUUAUACAUCCUCUAACCAAAGAUAUUUUGGCGACUCACGAGUAUUCCGAAUUGAGUAAUUGGUCGUCUGGUAACGCUUAUUUCCAUAUGACGGUAGGUAAUAUCAUGAGAAGAACGAAAAUUUUAUGUGAAACUUCCCAAGGGUACAAAAUGGAUGAUUUAAUAACCUCAUAUACUAACUUUAUUCGCAAUAAUGGACAGAUUUAGAUAAAUUUAAGUUAUAAACGGAAAUAUCUUUAUUAUUUAUAUACUUUUAAUGGUGUUUAUUAUUUGUAUAUGGUCAUAAGUUUACUUGGUAUUGAUAAAAUUUAUUUCACAAAAA